CCCCAUCGUAUGACAAGCAGGAGGGCGAAGAUGAACGACGACGACAGCAUCAACCAACUCCUUGCGCAAACACAGCGCUGUUCGUUCGACUGUCAAUCACUGUUCAAUGCACGUGUGGCCGCCAUGGAGGCGCGCAAUCAGGCCACGACAGCCCUCGUCAAGCCCCCGCAGAGUAGUAGCACCACGAUCGGUGCCCCCGACUUCCGCACCCGGUUUCGCACGCCAACGCAGUACGACCUCAAGGUCGAGUCGGCCAAGAAAAGCGUCACGUCCAAUGAGCUCUACCGCCCACCGAGGUCAUCGCUGCUGGUAGAGUCUACAUGUCCUUAUACGGUGCCUAGUCUGCACACGUUCCGGGAUGAGAACGGUAAUAGCAACGUUGGGGAGCGUGAGUUUACGGCCAAAUUUGCGCUGCCCGACAACCAAGACAUGCGGCGGCACAUUGCGGCCGACCAGGAAGGAUUUCUCACCGGCACGUCGAUCAAGGCGGUCGUGUGCGAUCGCUACUUGCCCCGCGGCCAAGACGAGUUUCGGCUGCAGCUGCCGCACACCAACAGCAAGACGGGCAACCUUAAUUUGCGACUGCACGUCACGCUGGAUCAGGCAGACAUGUUCUCGGGGCGGUCGCAGCACGCCUACCGGUCCGAAGGGCCCGUGGACCCGCGCUUUGUGCUCGAAUUUUCGCCGUCCGGUGUCGGCCAAAGCUGCGUCGACAUUGGUACCCACCAACGACCUGGCAAAAAUGCCUAACGGCACAAGCCAUUGCAUCCAACGAUUCAUCACUCUACGUCGAAUGAAUCAUGAUGACAUAUCUACUUUACAUGAGAUCCACGAGGUCGUCGUCGUCGUCCUCAAACACAAAAGGUCCC